ACGCCGUAGUUGGGACGUGAGGACACCCCCCGUACUAUAGCGUUCGGCACCAGAACACAUACGGCGCCACCAUUUUGCGCGGAAUUCUGGCCAGUAUCAAAGCACAUCGCCUGCUGCCCCAUUUGUGCUCGAAAGCCACGCCAAUCACCAAGAUGAUCCAGCUCCAAUACAUGUCUUCGUGGGCACCCACGUUUGUUUCUGCCAUGGACAGCGAGUUAUCUGCCAGGGACAACAAGCCGCCGUUCAUUUCGUUCCAGCUUGCUACCGUGAACAAAGAAGGCUUCCCCCACAACAGGACGCUCGUCUCGCGGGGCUUUCUUUUCGAUGACAAAACGAGCAACGUGUUGACUUUCUGCACGGACAAACGCACAGACAAGUACAAAGAGCUUUUGGAAAACGACCGUUUCGAGGCCGUGUUCUACUUCGAGAAAAUCAGAAAACAGUUCCGUUUGCGUGGCAGAGCCCGCAUCAUCGACGAUGUGCACACGCCGCAGUUGGACUUGACCACCAUACAGCCGAAACACAUCAUUGCAAGCAACAUCAACUCGCGCUCCGACGACGAGGGCAACUUGGAGAUCUCCGUCUCGACCUCCCAUGCCUCAAACAAGAACGAACAGCAAAACGGAGAGCCGCUCUCGCCACAGGCAACGCCGCUACCAUACCCCAUCAUUUCACCGCGCCAUCUCAGCCGAAUCCACAAGGAAGGCGGGCUGGUCUCGGCAUCAUUUGCGAACCUCUAUGAGGUGUCGUCUGUCGAAUUCGAAGAGCCCACCCGCGAAGAGUGGGACAGCGAAAUACAGCGCAUAUGGGGCACUCUUUCCAAGGGGCUCAAGCUGGGCUUCCGCGGGCCGCUCCCGGGCGAAAACAUGGACGAAAAGAACCAAAACCUCAUCGACAAAAUAAACCGGGGAGUGGACGGAAAGAAGGAGGAGAGCGGCUUGAAGAACUUUGCUGUGGUGGGUAUGUUUAUUGACCACGUGGACUACUAUGAUCAGGAAAAGGGAAGGAGAUACAUCUAUCGUAAGGACAAGUCCCACCAUUGGGAUGAGCAGGAGGUGUGCCCUUAGGGCGAUCUGGAUUCCAGACUGACUCUGGUUUUGGGCGAGUGGAAAAGGCGUUGGUUUGCUCUACUCAAACGCCAGGGUGCACAUUGACUGGGGCUGUAUGUAAGUUGAAAACAGACUCCGGAGAAGUAAUGGUAGAUGUUGCUGCUUUCCACAAUAGGGUACAACGCUGAACCUCCCCAACUGCUGUAAAUAAAUGUUUCAAG